AUGGCACCGAAAAAGUCUCAGAGACGUAAAAAACAAGGGAUUGAAACAAAAAAACGCACGAAACUACGUCAAAAAUCUGAUGAAUCCGAUUACAGUCUCCGAUCUGCUUCAACGAAACAACUGAUUACAAAUUUAUUGAUUAAAGAUGAUACGGACAAGACAUAUUAUCUGAUUGAUUUAGAACUCGCUCCAUAUUGGGAAAGUAUGCAACAUUCACAACGUGACAAAGGUCAAAUGAUAACAUUUCGAAAAACGAAGGCUAGUUUCAAACAAUAUCGUGGAGAAUUGAUUUGUAGUGGUACAUUUGAUAUGUGCCGAGAAGAAUUUAACAAGAUUCAAGAAGAGGACGAAGAAGAAUCCGAGGAUGAACAAAAUAAAGAGAAUAAUCUAUCUCAGUUUCCUCGUCAAUCAGCUAGUCAAGUUUUGGCCGAUAAAGUUGCGCAUGCUGCUGAAAUAAAACAACGUGCUAGAAAACAUGCUGAUGUUGCAAAACAAGCACUUGAAGGAUCUCCGUCUGCACCCGAGGAUCAUGGACGAAAAAUUGCAACUGUCGUGGCACAUAUUGAAGAAUCAUUACCUCAACGUAGCGACGAUGAUUUACCGCUAAGAUAUGCAGAUAUCAAUGGUACAAACGGUGAAAAGAUGGAGAAAAGUGACGAUGAUCGAAGUCUAAUUAUUGACGAAGUUGUUGAGUUUGAUGCCGACGAUAUCGAAAGUAAUUCUAGCUUGUUAUUAACAAAGAAUGUGGAAAAUGCUCCAACAUUAUCGUCGAUCACUAUAGAACAAUCAAAUGAAGUAAGAGUCAAUGGAAGCCAACAGAAAGAAAGAGAAGGACAACCGAUAGUCAUGAUAUCGCCAAUUGUUGACGUAGAUACUCAGCAACAACAAGAAACAAAAGAUGCUAUAAAAACACCGAAAGUAAAUAAAAGUAGUUUGAUUAUCGCCACUCCACGUUCAGGUAGUAGUCGAAUUAGUUACUUUUUGGCAAAAGGAUUCGUUGGUUAUUUUAUUUCAACUAUUUUAGAAACGUCCGUUAGUGCUCAAACGGAUGAUGAAUCGAGAGGAGCGCGUCUUGAUUCUGGAUUUGAAAAAAUGAGUUCAUUUCAAACACCUAAUCGCAGUGGUACAAUUAGUGAACAGCCGAGUGAACGUACGAGACCACCGGCAAAAAUUUAUUCAAUAAGUAAACCUGGAAAGAAACUGAAUUUUUCAUUGCUUGUUGAUGGUUCAGAUGCCUCACCGUCGUCACAUCCAAUGAAACAAUUGAAAGAUCAAUAUAACGAUCUGUAUGUUGAACACUUACAACUACAAAACAAAUACGGAAAACUAUUAGAUGAUUAUAAUUUAUUACGUGCAAAUACGCUACCCGCUCCUAAUGUUGAAGCUAUAGAAUGGAUAUGUGAAUUACGUAACUUUUUUGUUCGUGAAAAAGUAACUCCAGAGCAGUUGGCUGAAUUUGAACAGCUGCUCGGUUUAGACAGUGAUUUACUGUUACAUUCAUGUCAGAAAAGAAGUAUUACUAGUGCUGCUCGUGAAAUAUUUCGUCGAACUCAUCCCGAUAAAGAAAAGAGAAAAAAGAUACAGCCAACGGAUGUUUCAACGGUGUACAAAGAUGCACUUGCCGGUAAGCAGAGCGAUAGUAAUCGGGCAUUUUCUCGUUCGUCGGUGCGUACGGACAGAAAUGCUGAGAAUGAGCAACAAGAAAAACGAAAACAGAUGAAUAAUGAUG